UUUCUUGGGGCAGAAGAGAGAAAGGGAACUACAACAUACAAAUUGUCGUUUUAAAUUGCUUUACCUUUUUAAGCCAAGGCCCAGACAGACACCGCAUGCUCCUCUCUCUCUCUCUCUCUCUCUCUACCAUUGAUUUCCCCGCACGUUCCUCUCCUUUUUUGCUACUCUUGUUCUUUUGGGGUGAAAACUAGAAAGAAGCGUACGGAGAGAAAUUUUGUUUUAGGAACAAAACGAAACCAAUGGGAGGAUGUGCAACGAAGCCGAAGGUCUCCAAGGACGAUCCCGAUGGAAAGCCCAAGGCACCCCAACCAGAACCCCAACCUGAACACCAACCCAACAAGGACACCCUUAAAACCAAAGCACCCGCCGCCCAAGUGGAACAAGCUGCUGCUGCUCACAACAACAACCUUAAUGUCAACGAAAUUGUUGACGACGACCAAGCCAACAAACGACGCUCUCUCAGCUUCUUGUUCAAGGAGAAUGAAGAUAAAAAGGGUUCCACAGAAAAUGAGAAAAAUACAGUUGAGGAAUCUGUGAAAGAAGAAGUGUUAGAGGUCAAGAAACCUGCGGAAGAUGCUAAAAGCAAUGAGCCAAUAGUUAAGCAAGAAUCUCCAAGGCCAGAUGAGAAGCUGUCUGAGGAGAGUAAAAACAAUGAAUCAUCAAAGCAAGAAAACGAGACUUUGAAGACAGAAACAUCACAUGCUGAGGAAACUCAUGUCAAUGAACCAGCUAAGGAAACAGUGAAACUAGAGCCAGAGGCUCAGAAACCUUCAGAGGAAACUCUUGCCAUUGAACCAGCUAAGGAAACAUUGAUAAUAGAGUCAGAAACUAAGAAACCUUCAGAGGAAACUCUAAUCGUUGAACCAGCUAAGGAAACGGUGAUAGUAGAGUCAGAAGCUAGGAAACCUUCAGAGGAAACUCUUAUCAAUGAACCAGCUAAGGAAACAGUGAUAGUAGAGUCAGAAGCUAGGAAACCUUCAGAGGAAACUCUUAUCAAUGAACCAGCUAAGGAAACAGUGAUAGUAGAGUCAGAAGCUCAGAAACCUUUAGAGGAAACUCAUAUCAAUGAACCAGCUAAGAAAACAGUGAAACCAGAUUCAGAAGCUGAGAAACCUUCAGAGGUAAACAAUGAAAGCAGCAAGCCACUGAACGAAGAAUUUGUACAGGCCAUGGAGAUACUUUCAGAGGAAACACAAAGCAAUGGACUCAUCAAACUCAAAGAAGUGCCUAUUGAACCAUCAGAAGAAGGUAAGCCAAGUGGGGAAUCAGAGAGGAAUGCUUCAGAAACUGAAAAACCUGAAACUUCCAUUGUGACUGAGGUGGCUCCUAUGCCUGAGGAGAGAGUAAUUGAAGAAAUUCCAACUGCUGCAAAGUCUGUAGAGAAGGAAACAAAGGAAGCUGCAUCAAGCACAGAAGAGACAAGCCAUAAUGGGGUGGAGAAUGCACCUAAGGUUGUUGAUGCUGGAACUGAGAUUCACUAAGACCUCAAAUCUGAAUGAGAACCAUCAACAAUUUGAAACAUUGCAGAGUUUCAGAUUGUUCUUCGGUUCAUCCCAUCCGAAUCAUUCUGUGAUAUUUCCCAACUACAUUUUCGUCGUGUUAUUUUUUUAUAUAUAUAUAUAUUUAGUUUGAAGAACCGAAUUUUUGUUCUUGUCAAGUCACUUAUUUUUCUAUCCUAUCAUUGCUAGUUAUCUGUAUUGGUAGGUCUAAUUCACCAAUGUAAAUUGUAAUUUUGUUGUGAUCUCUGGUCUGCGAGUGGGAAAUUCCAAGGACCUCAAUCUUUUGUGCAAAACAAGUAGUGUACGAAUGGUGUACAUGAAUCAAACUAGUUAUUUUUGGUUUACAAAUACAAGGAAUUCCUAUCUCAAUCUUUACAGGA